AUGGCUCUCCCAUCAGCAGCAACCAACCUGCGAAAGACCCUCCAAGACCCUAAUGGGUUCAUUGUAGCCCCAGGAGUCUAUGAUGGCAUGUCAGCACGUUUAGCACUAGCAGCCGGCUUCGACGCACUGUACAUGACAGGCGCAGGAACAGCAGCCUCAGUCCACGGCCAAGCAGACUUAGCAAUCUGCACACUAAACGACAUGCGCGCCAACGCCGAAAUGAUAGCGAACCUGUCACCACGCACACCACUAAUCGCCGAUGCGGACACCGGGUACGGCGGCCCGAUAAUGGUAGCACGCACAACAGAGCAAUACGCCCGGUCCGGCGUAGCAGCCUUCCACAUCGAAGACCAAGUGCAGACCAAGCGCUGCGGCCACUUAUCCGGCAAGCAGUUGGUCGACACGGCAACAUACAUAAGCCGCAUCCGAGCAGCAGUGCAGGCGCGCCACCGACUCGGCAGUGAUAUUGUUGUCAUUGCGCGGACGGAUGCGUUGCAGCAGUACGGGUAUGAAGAGAGUGUAGCGCGACUGCGGGCGGCGCGGGAUGCGGGUGCGGAUGUGGGAUUCCUCGAGGGGAUUUCAUCGCGGGAGAUGGCGAAGCAGGCUGUGAGGGAUCUGGCGCCUUGGCCCUUGGUGUUGAAUAUGGUUGAGCAUGGGGCCACGCCUUCGAUUUCUGCGAGGGAGGCCAAGGAGAUUGGGUUCCGGAUUAUUAUCUUUCCGUUUGCCACGCUUGGCCCGGCGCUUGUGGCUAUGCGUGAGGGCCUGGCGAAGUUGAGGGAGGAUGGGUUGCCGGGGUUGAGUGAGGAGAUUACGCCGCAGAUGUUGUUCCGGGUUUGUGGGUUGGAUGAGAGUCUGAAGUUGGAUGCGGAGGCUGGCGGCGAGGCGUUCCAGGGUGGCGUUGAUUUGGGUCAAUGA